AUGCGUGAACAAGGAGGAGAAGGGGUGUGGUACGUGGACUCUGGUGCCACGGAUCAUGUCACAAGCGAGCUAGAACAACUUGCUCUCCGUGAACAGUACCAUGGCGGCGAUCAAAUUCACACCGCAAGCGGUGGAGGUCCAGGCUGUGAUUUUAUGUGUGCAGGAAAGGACAAACUUGGCGCAGAACACGAGGCUGGUCUUCCUGACAGCAGCGGCGACGCGCGAUCCAGCGCUGAUCCGCGCGUCUCCGAGGCGGAUUCUCAUGCAGCCAAUCCGGUGGCUGCCAGUGCUCCCGAGGCGGAUGUGGCCGACCGGCUGCAUCUGGUGGACCCCGCCAGCCAAAGCGCCUGCCCCCGCGUGGGGGAAACCGUGUCUCCACGUGGCGCGCCGAACGCUGGGAGUCUGCGCCUCGACCCAGCCGACGACAGCGAUGCGCCUGUGGGGCCUGGACCCACCUUGGAUCACGCGCCUGGAUCCCCCAUGGAUCACGCGCCGGGAUCCGCUACAGCCUCUACGCGGGCAUCCUUCUCGGAUCAGGAGCCGGGAUCUUCUGCACCUGCUUCUACACCACCGUCGGCAACAGGAUCUCCCGUGCCAGCUCCUGAACCGGGAUUUUCUGCGCCUGCGCCCACAGCACCAACAGUUCCGCGCCGGCACACCAGAUCACAGUCAUGUAUUAUCAAGGAAAAAGAAUACACUGAUGGUACGGUCAGAGGUUGGAGUUUACGACAGCUAGAUGUUCAGAGCGCGUUUCUUCAUGGUGUUCUUGAGGAAGAAGUUUUCAUGCGGCAACCACCAGGAUAUGAGGAUCAAAGUGCACCACACUAUACUGGGCAGGGUGUGCUAAUGACAGAAAGGUCCACAGGUGGUUUUGCUGUGUUUCUGGGAACAAAUCUUGUGUCAUGGAGUGCAAGAAAACAGGCCACUGUUUCUAGAUCCAGUACAGAGGCUGAGUAUAAAGCUUUGGCUAAUGUUACAGCUGAGGUAAUGUGGAUACAGACUCUGUUAUAUGAGCUUGGGAUCAAGGCUCCACAAGCUGCGAGAGAAAGAGUAGCUCGCAAGCUACUUGAUAUUCGGUUUAUACCAACUGGUGAUCAACUUGCUGAUGGCUUCACAAAACCUCUUACUACAGGAAGAUUGAAUGAAUUCAAGAACAAUCUUAACCUUGGUAAAGAUCACUCGGUUCAGAUUGAGGGGGAAUGUUAG